AUCAUUUCUGCCACUGUGGACAACAACAAAAUGCUGCUGGACAUCGACAACAGCAAGAUGACCGCCGAUGACUUCCGCAUGAAGUACGAGAAYGAGCUGGUCAUCCGUCAGACMGUGGAGGCCGAUAUCAACGGCUUGAGAAAUCUCCUUGAUGACCUGACUCUCUUGAGGGCUUCYCUGGAAACAGAUCUGGAAUCCCUCAAGGAUGAGCUCAUCGCUCUUAAGAAGAACCACGAAGAGGAGAUGAGGCAGCUGCAGUCCCAGACCGGUGGUGACGUGAGCGUGGAGGUCAAYGCCGCUCCGGGACCAGACUUGACCAAGAUCCUAAAUGACCUGMGAAACGAAUACGAGGAGAUCAUCGACAAGAACCGCAGGGAGGUUGAGCAGUGGUAUGAGGUCAAGAUUGAGGAAGUCAAUCGUCAGGUCACCACCAGCACUCAGGACAUCCAGACCAGCAGCCACCAGGUCACCGAGCUGAGGCGCGAAAUGCAGAACCUGGAGAUCGAACUGCAGGCCCAGCUCAGCACGAAAAGCUCUCUGGAAAACUCCCUGGCAGAAACCGACUCUCGCUACGGCUGCCUGCUGCAGCAGCUCCAAGGGCAGAUUAACUCUGUCGAGGAGGAGCUGGCCAGUAUUCGCUGCGAGAUGGAGACUCAGAACCAAGAGUACAAGAUGCUGCUGGGCAUCAAGACGCGCCUGGAGCAGGAGAUCGCUCAGUACCGGGCCCUGCUGCAGGAGGGACAGCAGGACAUCAC